AUGUACCUCUGUGACGGUUAUGUGGAUGGAAAAAGAUCGGGAAAAGGUCCAGGAUCCGAAAUGGCCACUUCAGAAGAUGAUGGACGAUCAGAACGAGAGAAAUCUGGCAAACAUAGAGGUAGAGGUACAGGAAUAAUAAAUCCAGCACAUGAUUUACAUAGAUCUGGUGGAAUGAAUCGAGGUUCGAUGACAGAUCUUGAACAUCGACGAAAACCGGGUACGCAUGACGCUCAUGAUGGCUCUCAUAGUGACUCUUCAAGAUCAAGUAGUCGUGGCAAGAAAAAAGACCGUAAAGGCAAACAUCAUAGUGGAAACAAGAAACAUGGUGGUGGCGACAGAUCAAGAAGUGGCUCGCAUUCACGACAUGGUGACUCUAAAUCUAAAAAUCGAGAUCAUUCCUUAUCUAAAGGACGUGGUAAUCACGAUCGAAGAGAGAAGUAUCGACGUGACUAA